GAUGACGUGUUUAACCGGAAGAUCAACAAUCCGACAGCAACGGACAUGUGGCAUGUGGCGUCGUUGGCACCAGUCGAGAGAGUGGGCGAGUCGAAAUUUGCCAACCAAUACCAAAUCAUGACGUUACGUUCGUGAGAAAAAAAACAUUUUCCGAAGAACCAAUCAAUAGACUGAUGCCAUUUGUACCAAAUCCUCCAUUCCCACGUGUAUAAUGAAUUUGACCUCGCUAAUGUCAAACCUGCGAUAGCAAAUUUUUCAGUUCACCUCUCACACAGGCCCCUUACCUCUCACACCCUUUUGAUUACCAGAUUGUGUUAUCGCUGUGAUUAUGACGAGCUUACAGUAAUCCGUUAGGUGCUCCCUCGUUAAUACGAGUAACUAAACCCCCGUCAUUAUGCUAACCCUAUUUUUACCGUGUUACAAUUUCCAUCGUAACAGCCCGGGCGCUUAUCUUUAACAGUAACGUUAUACUGUUAGUUGACGGGUUUAUCUAGAGUGCAAACGAUGUUAUUAUAACCACAAAUCGUCAUAUUGGUGUGCAUAUGUUCACAAAACAGCACGCCUAGGUAGUAUUUACAUAUAUUGUUUCAUAUUUCACAGUAGAUUGAAUUUCACAUGAUUAAUAUUUAAUUAUAUGAGUAAUUCCACUGUACAUAUCGAUUUAUGUUUUUAUAUUUGAGGUAGAGUUAUGAAGCCUUUUGGUUGUAUGUUGUGCAUGAAACCAAACAGUACAAUUGCCAGUAUUGCAAAAGUUGGUGCGAAGCUAACAAGGAAUAUUGUAACCUCCUGUGCUCCUUCAAAGUGUUAUGGACUGAGUGUGGCAGCUUUAAGUGAAAGUAAAAAAGAAUGGCAAUCAACACAGUUACAAAAAUUCAAAGGUGGACAGAAUCGCAGCUACCUUGAACAUGAAGCUAAGAUCGACCAUGUCCACAUGGAGGAUUCCCUCUUUGACUACCUGUGUGAGACGCCGGACAAGCUGUCCAUCACAAGGUUCAAGACGGAGCUGGAGAAGACUGGGCUUAGGGAGACUGACCAUCGUCUGAAGGAGUCAAUGGCCAAGAUCGCCAGCAUACAGAGUGAGAACAUCAAGAGAGAGGGACAUGCAUAUGACUUCUUGGACAGAGAAACUUUUAAGAAGUGUAUUGCAGACAACAUUGUCCUCAUCGCAAAGGCAUUCCGAGAAGAGUUUGUGAUCCCUGACUUUUCUACCUUCUGUCAGGACAUUGAUAAGCUGUAUGAGAAGGGCAAGUCCAAUACAGCUGGAGCGCCAGCAUCCUACAUCCCACAGCUGGCAAGGUUCAACCCCAAUCUGUGGGGUGUGUCAGUCUGUACAGUUGAUGGCCAGAGGUAUUCCAUUGGCGACACUGAGGUACCGCUCUGCCUACAGUCAGUAAGCAAAGCCAUGACAUAUGCACUAGUUCUGAGUGACCUGAGCUCAGAGGUUGUUCACCAAUAUGUGGGACAGGAGCCCAGCGGACAGCCUUUCAAUAUGCUGUGUCUCAACCCAAACAACAAGCCACACAAUCCCAUGAUCAACGCUGGCGCCAUCGUCACAUGCUCACUGCUGAAGAAAGAUCUCAACCUUGCCGACAGAUUUGACUUUACAAACAAGAUGUACAAGAGGAUGGCUGGCAACGAGUACGUGAGCUUCAACAACUCAGUUUAUGAAGCAUAUUUUGACCCCACAGAUCAUAUUUGUGACAGUGACAGGCGCUUCCUUUCUGAGCGGGAAACAGCUGACAGAAACUUUGCCCUGGGUUACUACAUGAGAGAGAACAAGUGCUUCCCAAAGGGCACCAACCUCAUCGAGCUGCUUGACUUCUACUUCCAAUGUUGCUCUGCUGAGAUUACAUGUGAGUCUGGAGCUGUGAUUGCAGCCACUCUGGCCAACGGGGGCAUCUGCCCAACAACAGGUGACAAGGUUCUCCAGCCAGCUGCCAUCAGAGACACACUGUCACUCAUGUUGUCCUGUGGGAUGUAUGACUACUCAGGCCAGUUUGCCUUCAAGGUGGGUCUGCCGGCCAAGUCGGGUGUGUCUGGUGGUGUGAUGCUAGUCGUGCCCAAUGUGAUGGGCAUUUACAUGUGGUCACCCCCUCUGGACCAGUACGGGAACUCCUCCAGAGGCAUCCAGUUCUGUGAGAACCUGGUGGACUGCUUCAACUUCCACAACUACGACAACCUCAACCACACCCACGAGAAGCGGGACCCUCGGGUGAGGAAGGUGGACACCCAGUCCAGCAACGUGGUCACGCUGCUCUUCUCAGCUUUUAACGGGGAUGUGACGGAUCUGAGGAGAUGUGCUAUUGCUGGGAUGGACAUGAGCACCCCUGACUAUGAUGGUCGGACAGCUCUCCACAUUGCUGCUGCUGAGGGCCAUCUUGACGUCAUCAAGUUCCUCCUCUACAAGUGUAAAGUCAGCCCCUUUGCUGUGGACAGGUGGGGUUUCACUGCUCUGGAUGAUGCACAGAGAUUCGAGAAGGUUGAAGCUGGUGAAUUGUUGUUGAAGUCUAUGCAGGAUAUCCGGCCCGAUUACCUGUACCAGCCCCACUCACAUGACUAGAUCACAUGACCAGAUCACAUGAUUAGAUCACGUGACUAAAUCACCUGACCAAAUCACUUGCCUAUAGCCAAAGAGGUUUCUUCAAGAUGCUUCUAUGUUAAUACAUAUCAUAUCUACAUUGUACUUUGUACAGAGACAAAUAGCAUCUGAAUCACACUAGGUCUACCUUAUUCCUACCUUACCUCAACAGUGAUGGUUUGUCAACGGACUGAACAAUUAAUAUUCAAAAUCAGCUAGGUGCUGGCCCUUUUAUGUAGGGUUUUUUAUAACAAAUGUCAUUCAUUUCACAGAGGGCAGUGGGGUAGCCUCGUGGUUAAAGCAUUUGCUCAUCACGAUGAGGACCUGGGUUCGAUUCCCCACAUGGCUACAAUGUGUAAAGCCCACUUUUGGUGUCCCCUGCCGGUGAUAUUGCAGGAAUAAUACUAAAAGGUGCUUAAUACCCAACUCACUCACCCACUUCCUCAUUUCAAGGAUAGAUGUGGUAAGUCAAGGAUAGAUGUGGUAAGUCAAGGAUAGAUGUAGUAAGUCAAGGAUAGAUGUAGUAAGUUCAAACACAAAAUGGAAGAUUUGUAGCCACCAAAGAUGGUUGUCUUCCUUGUAUACUGUGCAUAUGAAUCAUAGCAGCACAUAUACAGUGUAUAUCCCGAAUCUUUCAACCACUGAAUGCUAUAAUCUGUAAUCUCAGGCAGCGGUAUGUGUAUGUUAUUAAGUCCUUCGCUGCUUGAUGAAGAAAUCUGCCUCUCUACUUCUUACAGUUGAAGAUGACAAAGUGUGAUAGUGGAGUUGAAGUGGUUUUAGGUUAUAUCAUAGGUGUGUUUUUAGUACCGACUGAUGUUAUUAUUUACUGGGGUGAAGCUAUGUAUCUAACAAAUAUUAUCAAACACCUACACUUCAAACUUACUGAUACAGUGUUGUUUCAUUACAACUUUGUUCUAACCUUUUAAUUGUCAGGAUGUGUUAAUCAAAUUCAUGCUUGCUUGGCUCUUUUUGGAGAUUUGGAACAAAAUAAUAGGUUUUGGUUUGAUUGGGCGCGAUAUUGUUACUAAACAUGAAUGUCUACAUAGAUCAGCACUGUGUGAUAUCGUGUCAGUUGUGACCAGGCUGUUAAAUGGAACAUUGUAUUAAAAAUGCCCUGCAUCACAGAGGAUGAGAGGGGAAACUGGGGAGCAGUCAUGGUUUACUAGGUGUGUUUGUUUAAGGGAUAUAAUUGUUGAUUUUCCAUGUAUUUAUGUUUGACAUCAAUGCUCAGCACCCCAGCAGUGCCACAUCCUUGGUUGUAUCGUUCUAGACUAUCACUGAUGUUUAUAUCUGCAGUUUAUUGCAGUGCUUUUUGUUUGUUUACCUCAGUGUUCAUUAAAUGAUUUCAUACAGGGAAAUUGCAUCUCAUUCAAAUGCUCAAAACACCAUUUUCUGUAUUAUUGAUUAUAGGUAUUUGUUUUCCUGCUGGUGGCUUAUACUGUAAAAACCAAACCUCCAUCCUAUGCAGUCUUUAGCUUUGUGUAAUGGUUAUUAAUAAUUGAUGAACGAAAGAUCAAGAUUGAAUCUCAGAGUCACUGACAGUGUCAGUGUAUUGUUUAACGGUGAGGUAAAUUUGUUUUUGAAACAGGGAUUCUGAAUAGUUUGGCCUUGAUAAAUUUCAGCUGGCAGAUGGUAUUGACAGUUCAGAUAUCAUCAUCUACGGUAUUUCUAGAUAGUUUGCAUUUACUGAUGUGCACCACAUGUUGCACAUGGCAAGACGCUUGUUGAUAGCCUCUGUGUGUUGGCACCUGUCAAUCAUCAUCACUAUGCACUUGUCAAUUUCAAAUCAGGAACUUUCUUUUACAGAUUUUCAGGAUCUUAGUUUGUAUGUUUCUUUCCAAGAGAGUGUGGGGUUUUUUUGUGUGUGGUGGUUUAGACAUUACCAGUGUGUACAAGUGUCUACUCAAGUACUGGGUAUGACAGUGAGGCAUUCUUCUGUUCCUUUACCAGAGAGAUUUCGACAUUAGAAGAAUUUUCUUCAUUGUUUAGUGUUGAUAAUACUUACAGUUUAUAUAUUUAAUAUUAUGUGCAGUUAAUUCUCAUUAUGAUGCUGUUACUGUUCAAAGGGAUACAGCCCUCGUUGCCCCCAAGCAGCCCGCCCCCUCCCGGGCAACUGCUGCUCACCUACUUGAUAUUUCGAUAUGAUCGAAUCUGAACCCCUUUGUAAUGCCAGACUCAUUAUAGUGCCACUCUAUAUAACCAUGACAAAUAGUGUUACAACGAGGUUUGACUGCAUGGCAUUAGCAGGAUUUGUUACUCAAGUAUUAAUAUAUACUUUGUUAAGAAAUUGAUAUUAUCCAGAGAUUAAUUUUCUAGUAUAUUUACACCCCAUGUUUAGUGGCUGCUAGCUUUUUAACACAAUAAACGCUGACAAUUCCAA